AUGUCGUCUCUGUGCUGUCCAGUGAGUUCCGCGUCAAAACGAGUUGCCUGCACGAAGCUGAGCAGUCGGGCACCCUCCGUCAGAUCACGGAGCUUCGUGAAAAACCUGGCAUGUACCGCGUCGAUGGUGGCCAGGCUUUCGCAACGUGUAUGCUACCCUCCUCCGACGUCCUGAUUUUGCAACGCAGCAACAUUCUGCCGUACGAUUACGCGGUGGAAAAGAGAUUUGUGCAGUCCCUCGAGGUUAGCAAGACGGCACGCGCGCGUGGCCGCAUGCGCCUGUAUGCGCCUUGACUUACCUCUUGCUGCUGUGUAGGAUGCUCUUGACGAUCGCGGAGAUGUUGCUGGACCGUCGCGCUUGGAGGGGAUCCUAACGACAUCUAGCGCAUCAAACAGCGGCACCACAGCCAGAGACUCACGCAGCAGUCCUUCCGCGACCGUGACGGCAGACCUCAAGCGAGCAGCGUCGCCAGCAUUUGCGAUCAGCAAGCGGGCCAAGAAGGAGGGAAAAGAGCUGCGUCACUAUGGCGAAAUUUGGGACUAUGCGGUGGCAUUCGAGAAAGACCACGCAAAGCUAGCUCAUCGCGUGCGCUGUCCUAGAUAUCUGGUCAUCUGGGCAGCAGCCUGCAUCGCUGGGCGUUGCGCUCUUGGCAGCUCUGUGCAGGGGACGCUCAAGCUGCGUGCCAUGCUGGGUCAUCCGUAUUGCGCCUAUCACUGUUGGACGCCUGACAACACGACGGUGACAUUCUCUAGACCAUCAGGGACUAGGAUGCGCAUCUCCUUGCAAGAGGCGCUGCGUCGGCUGCAGGAGAUGAAGGGGGACAAGAUGGUCUCAAAGGCACUCGCUGCGGCCGUCAACACAAGCGGCGAUCCUGCCCAUGAAGCGGUCUUUCCCUCAGCGGAUGUGGAACGAUACCCCUUCCUCGCGCACGUGCGGUACGGUCCAAGUGCAUUAUUUAUUGCAGCUUCAGAACAGCACGCGCAAGUCGAGCUGGUGUAUUUCAGCGUCGGUGGUGGGCCUGCGUCCGAGGUCUCAGCUGACCGCAUCUACGUCACGGUCAUCGCGGCAUUCAAGAAUUGGACGACGAUCGACCAGCGAGGAUGGGGCCAAAUCGCUGGGGUGCUUGGCAGAGUCAUUGAUGCGCGCCUUGCCAGCGCUCUCCAAGCAUGCGGGGUGGGCCCAUCACUGACUCCAGUAAAGGCAGACGGCCAGUGCGGUUAUCGGGCAUUGGCGCUGCAUCACCUUGGGAGCGAGGAGAGGUACGCAGAGAUGCGCCAACAAAUGCAUCAGCACCUUUCGACGCAUCGCGAAUUUUGGACGGCCGUCGAUCCCAGCUCGACGACGUUGACCGCUGGCCGUCUCACGCGGACCGAAACGCCGCUCGUUGAGGAAGAUGCCUGGUUCGACGCAAGUGGAUGGGAGCCUGCUCUUGCAGCAACCGUCAUGGCGCGGCUUGUGGUCAUCUUGGUGUGGGACGACAGCGUUGGUAGCCUCCGUGGAACGCUGCACGCACCAGUGCUAGCGAUGCCUGGGCUCAUGGAGCAGAUCUGUAACGCGGCGCCCUUGUGCAUGAUGCUGCACAAGAAGCACUUUUGGGUGGCUAGCAUCUCUCUGGAGCGCGCACUGACUCUACCCUUGGGUCACUGGUACAAGGUCUUUAGGCGCAAGUUGGAGGCCCAACCACAGUGGCUUGUUGCGUCGAACCUCUUGGAGGCGCUUUGCGAGAGCCUUCAAAAGAUGCCGCGGUAG